AGCAUGAAUUGCAGUGCUCCUGCAUCCGCGUCGGAGCCCACCAUCGCCAUACCAAGCAGUGCAAAUUGCGUGCGAAGCAAUCAAAGCACUCGCGCCUUCCGCAGGAUCAGCUCGGCCGUUGGAGCGCGCACAAUGGAGGAGGAAAAAGCACCCUUGAUUGGAGAAAUCGAGGAAGUAGGCACCGAUUCUGAUGCGGCUCAAAGACAUGUGAGGACCAAGGUUCCGGAGGUGGAGAUCCACCUGUACCGUCAGGGCAAGGGACCCAUUGAAGUGUUCAAGACGACCCUGGGAGGUUGGGAUCAGGACCAAUUGGAAGUUCGAAAUAUCCUCGACAAGUAUGGCUUUAAAUCCAUCUACGCGUUCAAUCCUCAAUCGGGACGCGGCGUUCCCAUUCGGUUCAACCCUAAAAACGGCAGGUCGAUAUUGACUUAUAGGGAUGGAGGAGUUGUUUACAUUGAUGGAGAACCCAAGGAUUCGUUGAUUAAACCAGUGACCAAGAUCUUGACUGGGGUGGCAUUAAUAACCAUUAUGAUUGUACUGGUUUCCAAGGAUAUUCCGGAAUGGAUCAAGAAAUUAAACCUUUUCGGUGGAGACUUUCCUCCAUGGAUCUUGGCUUGUGCAGUUAUUGUUUUCACCCGCAUGAGGAAGAGAACCAAACACGUCCUGAAGAAGUUUGGUUGGUGAACGGACAGAGCUCAUGCUCCUGUGGUCGGGUUUAAUGGAUUUCUGUACGCUUUCAGGUUUUUUGUAAGAUGGCAUAUUUUCCCCAUUUAAAUACAUCUUUUUCUAUAGAAUUAAUGUCAGUAAGUAUUAUUGAUAAUAAGUAAUAGCGCGUUCUGGUUAAUUUUUU